AUGUUGAGCAGCUCCUCGGCAACAUCGGCCCAGAAGUCGUUGAACAACCAGCCUGCUGCAUCGCUCAAUCCCUCCGUCGCCCCAUCGCGACCAAGCCUCGACCGAGAUGGCAGCCUCCAGCCCCCAUCCUCCACCAAUGGAGCCCGGAACCUGUCUGCGUCGGCCGUAUCCUAUGCGACCAGAGGUUCUUCCCUCAACCCGUCGGCCGCCCCAGGCUCCUUCAGCUCCGAACUGCGCAGCCAGAUGAUGCAAUCGAGGGCAGGUUCCAGGGCUGAUAUAUACGGUCUGGAGAAGCUGGAGGAGGACGACGGUUCUGUGGCCGAGAAUGCCCUCACCGCGCUGAAGGAUUCGCUGAACCGGGAGAUGAAGAUCAAGGAGGGAAGCGAGAACAUGCUGGAGGCUUUGAAUGCUAAGAAAGCAAAGCAGACCAAGGAUCAGCGUCACAGAGUCGAGGCCGAGCUCAAUGCCUCCAAUUCCCGGAUCAAGGAGCUGAGGCAGAGGAUAAUCGAGACGCAGAGGACCAAGGUAGCGCCUAGUACUCCCACCAGAAACCGGAACGAGGGGAUUCUGCCCAACAAUGCUAUGCGAUCACCCCAGAGUGCAUCGCGAAGUGGCGCCGGGUCCGACAUCGACGAACCAACUGAAUCCCCAACCUUUGUCCUCGCAGAGAUCCUACAAGCUUUGGAGUUGGAGGGAAUGCCCGCCGAAUACUAUGUUGGGCGCGCAAACAACCUGGUGGAUCUCUUCAAGCGGUACCCUACACUCAAGUACGACUUGGUGUGGUCUGUUUUUGGAGAUCGUAUGCAGGUCAUGCUGCUCAGCGGCAGCAGGGAAGUCGUGGCGGCCGGUUAUCGCAUGCUUCGCUACUCCAUCUCGGACAUUGCGUCUCUCAAGAAGAUACGCAGCCUGAACACCGACUUCGUGGUAGUCGUCUCCCUCGUCAAAGAUCGCAAAGCAGAUGUCGAGCGUGAGCAGGCCCUGAAAUUCGUUCGAUCUUUCCUAGAUGUCAAGGACGGUGUUCGCGAAAUUUCUCGAGCACUUGUGAGGACUAUCGCGGCAGUAGCCGAGAAUGCAGAGGACAGACUGCGCUCGAUAUGUAUUGAGACGCUUGCAGAGAUUCUCUUGCGAGAUCCGGCACUGUUGAUCGCGUCGGGGGGACUACCACCACUGUCGGAGGCUCUUGCGGAGGGCACCUACAAAUCGCCCGAGUCUCUAUCAUCAGCUUUCCUCUUCCUGCUCGAUGCCCCACAGACACGGAAGUUCUUGCGGGCCGGAUAUGAUCUGGAGGUUAUGUUCACAGCCUUCACUGACGUCUUAUUUUCGUUUGAAGGCGUCGUGAAGCAAAAUGCGAAAGCAAUAUCCUCGGCAUUGAAGUCGUGGUCUGGACUGAUGACGCUGUCAAUGUACAACUUCAGAGCGGUCAGAUCCCUGAUUGGAAGCCUGAUGCUACCGAACCCCGGCAUCCGAGACACCGUCGUAGAUAUGCUCUACUCGGUCCUUCGCAUCAAACCGCCCGCAUGGGCAACCUCAUACCUUGCUGGGCGACGUUUGACCACAUACGGGAGAGUCGCGACUCUGAAGUCGGCAGGACCCAGCAAGGGUGAACCGGUACCCGAGGAAGAUAGUGUGGAACAAAACUUCGUGGAGCACUAUACAUCUCUGCUCUUGGCCAUCUUCAUCCGGGCUGGGAUGAUGCCGAACCUACUGCAAGUAGCACAGGAUGCCGAAGAUCCCACGUUGAAGCGGAAGACGACGCUGUUGAUUGGCGAGUCUUUGAAACUCGCCAACCGGAUCCUCCCAUCUUCAUGGAGUAGUGAGCUACAGCUUCUCCCAGAGCUGUUUACCGCUGCUGCCCAGUUUCAAGACGACACCCGGUUCAACGCGACCGGUAUCGUUUACCAAAUCAGCAGCGUCAGCCGGACGCUUUAUCGAUCCUCGCCGUCCGGCAGUGCACCCUCUAGCAACCUGGUAGAAAUUGCAGGCCCGGUCGACGAGACGCCUAAAACAAGUAACACGUUCAACACAGAUGAUGCCACCUUUCGCCAAUUGUUGAUUGACUCUGGGGUCCUGAGCCAUUCCAAUCCUUCUAAGUGGAAUUGGGAGGUUGUGCUAAGGAUCAUAGAAGGGCCGUUGAUGAACGGCAAGCGCCUGGAAGAAGCCAUCAAGGCUUCCAAGUUCGUCAAGCGAAUCGUGGGCUUCUAUAGGCCAUUCAAGUAUAGGUUCUCAGAGAUCAAGAGCACCCGAAAUACCCAGAAGUAUAUCCGAGUUGGAUGUGCUCUGGUCCACACGCUAUUAUAUACAGCGGAGGGUACGCGAUAUCUGGCGGACAACAAGUUGCUGAGACAAAUCGCCGAGUGUCUAGCUCAGUGCGAUCCUACGAGCGGUCUGACUGCGCAAUAUCCCAUGUUCUCACGGGAUCGCCUUACAGAUACAUUGUGUGGGGGCUACUUUCCCAUGCUGGGUGUGUUGAGUGGCAAUCCCAGGGGCCUGCAAAUGCUCGAGCGAUGGCGCAUAUUCAACAUGAUGUAUCACAUCAUUGAUUUCAAGCAACGGCCCGACCUCAUCAAGUCGCUUCUUCUCAAUCUCGAUUACAGUCUCCAGGGCCAUCCCCGUGUCCUCCUGUCCAAGGCCCUCACGUCCGGAGCGAAGGACAUGCGAAUCCAUGCAACAAACGUCCUACGUAAGUACGCAAUAAGGCACCGGCUUACCCCGACGGGUCACAUUGUUUCGGACGCCAAAUGGGCUAUUCAAAUGCUCGUCACGCAACUAUACGACCCAGAGGUAGAGGUGUGCGCCACAGCAGUGAAGAUUCUCGAGAAGGCCUGCAACAGCAAGGCCUUACUCGAGUACAUAGUAGAGUGUCGGCCCGCUCUUGAUCAUCUCGGCGAAAUCGGUGCUCCUCUGUUGCUGCGUUUCUUGUCAACAUCCAUUGGUUACCACUACCUAGAUGGGCUUGACUAUAUCAGCAACGAGAUGGACGACUGGUUCCUAGGACGCAACGAUAACUACGUUAGCCUUAUUGAAGCUAGCCUCGCACGUUCCUUUGUAGACCAUGAUGAUCACUCGAACCGCAUGAGCUUGUACGAAGACGAGCUGGACGCAGACCACGAUAGCCACAUACCGCCCCAUUUCUACCGUGAACUGACCCGAACCAAAGAGGGGUGUCAGUUGCUUGAAGACAAAGGCCAUUUCCAAGAAUUUGCGUCUACGAUUCGAGAGUAUGGGAUGCUGUCAAAUGACGCCGAGAUCCUUACCAAGGUCAAAGGCUGUCUGUGGGCGGUAGGCAAUGUCGGUUCCAUGGAGCUCGGAGCCCCCUUCCUGGAAUCCACAGACGUUGUCGAGCAUAUCGUUGAGAUUGCCGAAUCACAUGAUGUGAUGAGUCUGAGGGGGACUGCGUUCUUUGUGUUAGGGUUGAUCUCAAGGUCACUGCACGGGCUAGAGAUACUCUCAGAACAUGGGUGGGAGUCCAACACCAGCGAGCUUGGGGAAUCCCUAGGGCUGUGUAUUCCUACCGACCUCUCGAAAUUCUGCUCCUUCAAACCCUGGAAGCAUGAGAUACCUGCGACAAUUCAACUACCCGACACCCAAACGACGAUUCUAGACCCACCACCGACAGACCUCACCGACAAGGAUGAGACGAACCAACGCAUACUGGAGCUCAUGAUUGAGCUUGGUAACAUGGUGCUCUGCAAGAAGGCCAAAGUUGAAUUGAUGCAAUUGCGACACAAGAAAGCCCCUGGUUUCCGACAGCCUGUGCUUUUCCGUCGGGUCUUGGGACUGCUGGAAAGCCACCACUAUAGGCUGCCGGACCGGCAUAUGGUGAUCGAGUUAUUUGACAAGAGCGUUUUGAGGCACAUCGUAUAUGGAGACGAGAGCAGCGAUGAAGUGGAAAGCAACUCCGGAGAUGAGCAACGAACAGAGCGACAGAGAAGCAUCAGCGACCCCGCCGACUUGGAGAAGACGACGAGCAGAACCUACAAGUCUUCGAUCUAG